CGUAACAUUUAUUACUGCAUACUUAAUCAGUUAAAUGCUCCUGCCCAGCCGGUAAUUGGAGGUGGUACUUUAUAAUAACAUCCCGUAUUUUUUGCACCGCAGACAACUCACAACAAUAGCGAGAGCCGCGAUAGGUGAAACUAGAAGUGACCACGCUCUACCAUGCGCCAAACUGCAACGUGGUUUAUUCUUAUUUUGAUGGACCAAUGUGCUGGUUUCACCGACCACGAUUACGAAACUGAAUGCAAUGCACCAACACUGCCGCCCACCGUGCAUACUGAUACCGUCCCGCCCAUUAGUUCUUUCCGUAUGGACACUCUCACUGCGGAAGAAUGUCGUACAUAUGCGGAAAUGUCCUGCGGUGAUGGGAAGUACGACUACUGCAUCAUGGACUAUCCACCAGACAGCCAAGUGAACCCGCUAACGAAGACAUAUUUCGAGAUUAGCUGCUGGGACGGCGGAACCCGGACCGCCAUCGCCCAAUACUCUAGAAACGUCAGUGUAACCAGUCCCAACCGAGCGAUAGCGCUGGAGUUAGCAGAACGCAACGAUACGGAAGACCCUGUGCAUCAUGAAGCCAUCGAUCCCAUUCGUAAGCAAAUCAUCCAGUUAUAUAUGCGGAGUUGCGUAACCGCCCAGAUCACCGCCAAGAUUUUCGGUGCCGGUGAUAUGCCAAAUUUGGUCACCCUGCAACUGUGGCGAGGAAGAGAUUUGGUGGUCAAGAAACGGGACUUCUCGCGACUUCCUAACAUCCGGAUGAUUAUCUUCGGCUACACCACUAUCCAGGAAAUGGAGGCGUACACGUUUACUGAUAUUGUCCAUUUGGAAAGUUUAGCGCUGGAAAAGAAAAUAGGCUACAAUUUGUAUUUAUUACAGCCCGAAGAGUCAAAAUGGCUCAGCUCUAUGCGGCCCUGGUCAUUACAAGCGAGCGAUAUGGCAAAAGUCGGAAGAUUACACUGUGAUUGCGCGUUUGCCUGGUAUCGUAACUUCCUCAAGCGAAAGCCGUACUUAAUUCAGGGAGACAGGGAGAAGUGGCGAUCAUCGGAAAUUAUAUAAGUGAAUCCGCAAACUCCGAUGUCUGGGAAGGACGUUUAAGUGUCGACUGUGCUAAGGCGUUCAACUACAAUAAUACGUACACCAAGAAUGGAGAGACUAAGUUAGAGCCCGGCACGAGCAGCAAAAAUGCUGCUCGGCUCGCUCGUUUUCACUUGCCAAAACUUUCCGCUCGUUCAGCUCGCUCGCGGCCGAACCGCCGCUCGCUCGGCUCGCUCGUUUUUUAGUUUUACUUUGUUGUUGCUCGCUCGACUCGAUCGUGUUCUUAUUUUUACAAAUCUGCUCGCUCGUGAGCGGAGCUAAUUUAACGUUUCAAAUUUUUUGCGCGAAUUAGACAUUUCAAAAUUUAAGUCUCCCCAAAAAAACAAAAACUUAGUCAAAAAAGGGUAUCUGAAAUAACUUCUCUUUCACAUUGGCAGUUCAUUUUCUAUAACUUCGUUUUUUCGCUGAUAGCUUUCUGUAAUUUGAACUGAUUCCCGUUUUUUUGUGUAUUUUGAAAAGCAAUAAAAAUGUUUGAAAUGUUUACCAAGCCAUAAAGGAAUUAAAAAACAGGUUAAAUUAUGUCUUCGUUGGUUACGGAUUAUCGUUACUUAGUCCUGAUUCCCGAGUCCAACAUGUCAAGGUAAAAUUUAGUAAACUAGUUCGCGCGAAGGUGACGGUGAUUUACGACCCUUUUCAGCUUGGUCAAGCUAAUUUUUACGCUGGAAACUUUUUCAGUUCGCCUAAAAUCAGCCUGUAAGCUCGUGAUCGCUCGCACCCGGCGAUCCCGCUCGCUCGGCUCGCUCGCAUAUUUUUUUCCUGUUGCUCGGCUCGUUCAUGAAUUUUCAAAACAGCGCCUGCUCGCUCGAAGUGCUCGCGAGCACCGAGCGCUCGCGAGCCGAGCCGAGCUGCUCGGCUCGUGCCGGGCUCUAUGGAGAGUACUCGUACAAUACGUCGUGUUAUAAUUUGGCUUGUUAGGGUGGGAGACAUGGUUUGCUGUUUUAAUCAUGUCUUUUAAUGCUGGUCCUGUCCGGCAAUCGGUCCGGACAGGACUGUGCUGUGGUGCUGUUUAUUUUUGCACCGUAUUGUACUAUACGAGGACUGGAUAAGCAUCUUCGGUAGCGGACUUUCAUGCUAUUUUUGUCUCUCUGUAUUAAUGGUAUUCUCACUUAUUCGAUUUUUUGUAUUGAUACUGUAGUCUACCGCCGAUUGUGC